AUGAGAAUCGAACAACUCUUCAGCAAGUUGGAGUCUAAAACUAGCAUCAUCUUCGCCAAAAUCAGUUCGGCCGUGACCGAAGGUCUCGACCACAUCGACAUCUUUGAGAAGGAUAUCCAUAUCCUCUUCAAGUUCAUGAACAUUUCCAUGAGGCGUUCUAAGCAGUAUAAAGAUGAGAUCAAUAAUCCUCACCGCGAGAACGACUUCAUGUUUCAACGCCUGCUUGAAGCCUCAACAGAUAGUGGCCGAUCAGGAGAGCCGACUCAAUUUUGGCUCGAGCACCUGCUCUACCUUCUGGAAACUGACCACGAGGACCUCCUCAAGGAUGCUGCAAAAACCGACAAAAUGGGGCCUGAAGGCACGUACAAACACUUCGUGGAGAAAUACGCUCUACAGAUUUGGAGAGCAGCCGAUGGUUACGAGUUCUUCCUCAACGAAAGACUAAUCGACUUUGAAGGCGAUACUCAAUCCGUGCUAGGAACAGAAAUAAAAGGAACACGGAUGCAACUCAUAUGGAUGACUACGGAAGACGUGAUUCAUCUAAUACUUCCAAUUAGCCCGGAAGUGGCUGUUGUUUUUUGUAAUGAGUCACGCUGCUGGGAGUCCCCUUUCGCUGACAUCAUGCAUCGACUCAAAAAGCCGUACCCUCAGAAUAGCCUGUUGUCAAAGGCACCACACAAGGAUAUCAUAGAUGUCUCUGUACCAAGUACGAAGAGGGGCAAGAAGCUCUGGCCCGCAACAGUGGCGUGGCGGGUAAAUAUUGGUACGCUGACCCGACCGCAUCAUCGGAUCAUUGCGUCAUACUCUCUUAGUCACGCUAAGUCAGUUAUCAUUGUCCGAAACAGAGCACGAUUCGAGAGAGCAAGAAGAGAAUUGGAGAUGUUCAAUGCGGAGAGAAUGGAGUGGUGGCAGAGCAAUGGUAUUCGGUCUGGGUACCCUGAUGACGGGCGACAGUGCACAGAUCCAACAACGGACCAGAUGGACAGAAUAGUAGAUGAACACAUGGCUGCGCUCGAUGAAGUUCUCAAAAUCAUCGAGAAAAAUGACGACAGACUACAGAGGACGAAGGAAAACGCGCUCAAGUCAUGGCUAGCAAUCUGCACGUGCGAUGCGAUUAGGAUUUCUUCAUCGACAUUGGAUGACAGGUCUUCUUAUUUUAACAUUAUGCACCCGGCUCUUAAAUCAGCCUUUGAAGCAGCCUACCCCCCAAAACAUCCAGAACAUAGGGAUCUUGUUACUAUCGACUUUGGCGAAUUCUUUGAUCAUGCCAUAGGCGAUGAGACAUUUGCUCAACUGUCUGUCGAGAUCGAAAAGAAGAUCAGGGAAUUGGUCCACUCAAGCACCUUUCGGUCUCACUUUGAAACCUUGAAGGAGUCCUACUUACCCACUGCAAAUGCCUUUUUCGAAGAACACAAUAGUGAUCUCAGCGAACGGUCUGUUACCCAGGAAGAUAUGUUUAAUUCUCCGUCUUUUCGUUCGGUUUACAGGGCAGCCCAGGGUUUUGAUGUCCUUAAGUGGAUGUUCGAGGAGCGGCAAGAUAUCUUAGCAACUUUCAUAAACAAGAUUGCGGUGCCUAUGGAAGCCAUGCAGCCCCGAGUUGUUCGGAUGCGUGCAAGGCGAGAAUAA